AUGUUUAAGAAGGCAUCGAUAUUGAUCAUUUUGGCGUCCUUCCUUUGUUUCCUAUAUGGGAUAAAAAAUCUAUUUGUUGAAGUCGAGGAAAAUGCUUGCCGCAUGACUUAUAUGUUUGGAGUUCCACAAUUUUCUAAAGUAAGUUUUGAUGAGAACUCCGAGUUUCCACAUUAUGGACUUUUUUACUACUACGAAGGAAGAAUACUUCAGGAUGUUAAUAAAAUGGAGUUGAAAGGGGCUCCGGUUAUCUUUGUCCCCGGAAAUGCAGGUUCUUACAAGCAAGUUCGUUCCCUGGCUUCGGUGGCGUUGCGCAAAGGAAUGGAUAAUGAUCGGAGUAUACAUAUGGACUACUUUACCGUGAAUUUCGAGGAGCAACUUUCGGCUUUGUAUGGAGGAUAUUUGGAGAAUCAAAAGAAUUUCCUCCGAACUGCUAUUUUAGCCGUCAGAAGAUUAUAUAAAAAGAGGUAUGAUGUGGAUAAAUCGAUAAUCCUUGUCGGUCAUUCGAUGGGUGGAAAAGUGGCCCAAGCUGUUCUAGAAGAUCCAGAAAUAGCAAGAUAUAUAAACACCAUUAUAUACAUAUCAUCACCCAUGGAUAAACCUGUCGUAAAUUUCGAUCCCAAAAUCAAUAACUUCUACACGUCUACUGAAAGAUAUUUUACUAACAAGCGAACAACACACCUGCCAAAUCGACAAACGAACGUUUGCACAAAUUAUCAAGAUAGAAUUCCUCAAUCGGGGAAUGAAUCAAAAAUCUUAGAUCAUGUUCUUACGAUUUCCAUGGGUGGAGGUAACCGCGAUCUCUUAGUACGUGAUGGUUUAACCACAUCACAGUUCAGCGAUAUUCACGCAAUGACUUCGUCUAUACCCAAUGUUUGGCUGAGUUGUGACCAUUUAUCAGUUGUGUGGUGCCUGCAGUUGGUUUUGGUGAUUAAUAGGUUCAUUUUCGGAAUAUCCGUGAUUGAUGAAAACAGAAAUGUGUUCUUUUCCAAUGAUAAACAACAUCGCAUCCAAACAGCUGUACACUAUUUUGUGAAACCUUUUAACAAGCGUAAAUCGAAUGAAGUGUAUAUUCCCAAAUCAACAAGUUGGCAUGUAGAUUCUAAAAUUGCAUUUCGUAAAGUUUUUAAAAAUGGUUUACGUGCCGAUUACAAUCAUUUGUUGCCAACGGUGAAAUACAAGGAGUUUAAGACUACACUGAAAAUUGACGCUUUCAAGAGAGAGGAACGAAAAUACACUAUAAAAGCUCCUAAGCUAUCUAUACCAAAACCAAAAACACUCAUAAAUGAAACAAUUAUGGGUACAAUACACAGUGAAAUCCUCAUUGAAGGUAAGAUGCUUCAUAUCAUGUGUAUACUGAAUAUAUUUAUUUUCUUUUUCGAUACAUGUUCUAUGAAAGGCUUGGACGAACCAUUUCCCACUGUACAAUUUGAUAUUGAGCCCGUAGAAUGUGCUGAUAAGGAGUUUGGAGUAACUGCUAAAAUAUGCAUUCCAUGGGCCCGUGGUUUUGAUAGACAUGUUCAUUUAACGCACGAUACUAAAGACAAAUCGAUAUAUGUUAAUGUGCCAUUCUCUACACCAAGUGGAUAUAACACAACACAAAAUCCAGUGUCAUUAGAACUGUUUUUGAAUCCUGGCUGCCGUUAUAAAAUAAGUUACCAAUUUUCUAUUGCCGGAACAUCGUCUAAGAUUGUACAGGAAUUUUAUCAUUGGCUACCGGCACAUUUAAGUGCAGUGCUCUUUUUAGUUCUUCGCAAUCAAAUAGUAUCAUUUCAAAGUUCUGAAAAGGCAUUGUUUGUAAAACCCUAUGCCGGAUUCUUUCAGAGUAAAUCGCUUUAUAUUGUAACAGCAUGUCGCCUAUUGAAGAAGUUUUUAUUAAAUUUAAAAUUCUUGCCAAUUUCUACGGAUCCCACAAAUUACAGUUUCUAUGUAUCCAUAAUUAUACAUGGAACUGCCAUAGUUCUAUCAAUAGUUGCAGUUUUUAUAAUAUGGACUAUCCUAACAUUUCAUGGGAACAUUCUUCACAAAGUUGCACUGAAAUUAACACGGAUUUCAAGCGCAUCGUCCGAAGUUUUGUUAAAAAUUAUUACAACACUACCGCUAUCGUUUGGCGUCCUUUUCAUAUCAAUUUCAUUAGCCACCUGUAGUGGAAUUGGAUUAACACUGGCAACCAUCUUUUAUUUUCUAGUGAUUUCUAAUGCCUACAAAGACUACCUUGAAAAUUGGGCAUGGGAUAAAGCAAAGGGUAUUUUUAAGAGAAUUCGACAACGAAUUGGCAAAAAACAUAAUAAUGAAAUGGCCGUAGUUCCAACCCAAAGAGAAACUGUUCCAGUUGAUGCAGGUUCUGAACAAGACUUGAUUCCUAAUGAAGAUAACAAUGAAUUGCUUGAUUCACAUGAAGCUGAGUAUGAGGAGAACGGUUCAUAUUUUGAAGGGCUAGAAAACUUCGCGUUCCAUAUUACUAUGCUGUUGCUACUGGGCAUCAUGUCAGCACUUAAUUUUGGUCUCAGUGUAGCAUGGAUCAAAGCGCAUUAUCAUGGACAUAUACAUGAACAUCUUCCAGACCCGUUUAUUGUGCCAACAUUAAUAACACUGACAUGUCUAAGCAUUUUAUUACAAUUAGGAGCUCCACGCAAAUCGUAA